AUGCUGCGAUGUCUCGGGAAUAGAAGUGCUCAUCGGACUGUCAUUGUGGCUAGGCGUCGUUUGAUGGUGGACUCCCAAAUUCGUGAGUAUCUCAGGACGUUGGAGGAGCAUGAUGUUGUAGUUAUUGGGGGUGGACAUGCUGGAUGUGAAGCCGCUACUGCUGCUGCUAGGUCUGGGGCUAGGACUGUGCUGGUGACGCCAUUCCUGGACAAGAUAGGUACCUGCUCGUGCAAUCCUUCGAUAGGUGGUGUUGGUAAAGGCACUUUGAUUAAAGAGGUCGAUGCACUCGAUGGAGUUGCUGGAAGGGUUACAGACAAAGCUGGUAUACAUUUCAAGAUGUUGAAUCAGAGUAAAGGUGCCGCAGUGUGGGGACCUCGCGCGCAGAUCGAUAGAAAUUUGUAUUUGAAAGAGAUGCAAUCGAUUCUAAGUAACUAUCCCAAUCUACAACUUCAAGAAGCUAAGGUGAAAGACUUGUUACUAGAUAAGGAACAUGGUGAUAAAACAGUGGUACACGGAGUUGUGUUGGAAGACUCGACUAUUAUGCGCACAAGAAAAGUAGUAAUCACAACUGGAACAUUUUUAAGUGCAGAAAUACAUAUUGGAAUGAAAUGUAUACCAGCAGGAAGAAUAGGAGAGGAACCAACUUAUGGACUCAGUAAGACCCUGAAGGAAAUUGGAUUCAAGUUGGGUAGGUUAAAGACUGGUACACCGGCAAGAUUGGACGGGAAAACGAUAGAUUUUUCAAACUUAGAAAAGCAAUAUCCAGAUGAAGUGCCACACCCAAUGAGCUUUUUAAAUAAUAAUGUUGCGGUGGAAACACAACUACUCUGCUACGGAACAACUACAACGCCGGAACUGCAUGAAUACCUAAGACAGAAUUUAGAUAAAUCAUUACACAUUAGAGAAACCAUCAAGGGACCCAGAUACUGUCCCUCUAUUGAAGCAAAAAUUCUGAGAUUUGCAGAUAAACAGAGUCAUAAAAUCUGGCUUGAAUCAGAAGGUUUAGAUACUGACGUCAUAUACCCCAACGGAAUUUCUAACUCAAUGCCAGAAGAUGUGCAACUAAAGAUGAUGCGUAUGGUACCUGGACUAGAAAAUGUCAGAAUCAUCCACCCAGCAUAUGGUGUCGAAUAUGAUUAUAUCGAACCAACACAACUAAAUCAUAAUUUAGAAACUAAACUGGUAAAUGGAUUAUACUUGGCAGGUCAAAUUAAUGGUACUACUGGUUAUGAAGAAGCUUGUGCCCAAGGUGUAAUAGCUGGUGCAAAUGCUGGCUUGUCCAGCAAAAAUAGAGAUCAGAUAAUUUUAUCUAGGUCAGAUGCCUAUAUUGGUGUUCUCAUUGACGAUUUGGUUACUAACGGCGUUGUGGAGCCCUACAGGAUGUUCACAUCUAGAUCAGAAUUCCGUAUUACAACAAGAGCAGAGAAUGCUGACUUCCGUUUAACUCCAAUUGGUAGAAAAUACGGAAUUGUAGACGAUACUAGAUGGUCCCGUUUUAACAACGACAAGCAUAUAUUUGAAAAGUUUAAAACAAAGCUAAAAAACUUUGAUCUAAGUGCUUCAAAAUGGAAUCAAAAACUGGGUAUUAGAAUUGCAGAUUCAGCGAAGAACAGGACGGCUUGGGAAGUAUUCAGAUAUAAUGAUAUCACUUUACGCUAUUUAGCUGUGAAAAUACCUGAACUAGAUAUCGAUAUUAACGCGAUACCUAAUCAUGUUAGCUUAAAGUUGGAUGUUGAAGGUAAAUAUGAGCCUUAUAUUGUGAAACAAAACCAAUUUGUUAGAGCAUUCCAAGCAGACGAACAAAUGUUACUACCAAAAAAGUUUGAUUAUAGCAAUAUACCAACCCUUUCGAGUGAAUGCAAAAUGCUACUAAACUCCAUUCAACCAAAUACAAUUGGCCAAGCAAGACGCAUUCAAGGUGUUACAGCUGCAGCCCUAUUUGAAUUGUACAAACUAGUCAGACCACGACAAGCAGAGCUCAAGAAUCAAUAA